AUGAAUGAACUAAAGGUAGGCUUGAUAAACCACCAGAUAUCACCCAACAACGAUGAGUGGGUAUGGAAAAAUAACGAGGACAAGAGUUUCACGGUGAAGGGGGUAAGGGAGUCAUUGGCACAGCAGAUAAAUUUAAAUACGGUAGCCAGUGAUUUUGUGUGGAAUAGAUGGGCAACAAAUAAAAGUAUUAUGUUCGUUUGGCGAGUGGUCAAAAACAGAAUUCCAACAGCAAAUGCAUUAAAGAGGAGGGGUAUGAUAUUAAACGACUACAAUUGUAAAAUAUGUGGAGCAUCAGAGGAAACAGCCGAUCAUGUUUUGAUUCAGUGCAGUUUUGCUGAACAAAUUUGGAGUGAAGUGUUUGCAUGGCUAAAAAUUCAAGUGGCGUACAGAAACGUUACAAUUCAACAGCUUAUGCAGGAGAUAAACGAGAUUCAGAGGAGUCGGAACGUAACGAAGGCAAUCCAUACAGUAGUUAUUCAGACUUCGUGGAAACUUUGGAGAGUUCGAAACGCAAAGAUCUUUGAAAACAAGGCAAGCGCGAUACAAACAACUGUUGAGCAAAUAAAAGAGGAAUCAUUCUACUGUAUAUCCAAGAGAUCAAAAUUCAAGGAGAUCUCAAGGCAGGAGUGGUGGGAGUUUAAGUGUAGGAUGUAA